AUGACUAUUUCUUUUGUUUUGUCUUCUUGUCAGAUUUUUCUGAUCUUUGGAAACAUCUUCAGUCAUCUCUCAGGAACAAAGGCAAAGCAGAAAAUGGCUGAGCAGCCAAAACUACUGCGUAGACCUCUGCCUCCCAGGCUGCCAUCUAAACUGCCUACAUCAAGGGAGAAGGUUGGUAAAGCAGGCAGGGGUUUUGGACAAUACCGAGCAGGAGUGACAAAGAGUACGAAUGAUAAAAAUGGAAAAGCUGUGUUUGCCAGUUAUGCCAGUACUCAAGGGCAAGUCAAGCAGACAGAUGUUUCCUUCAGCCAUGGUCACGUUUCCCAGAAUCUGGUGAAAGCCCAGCCCGAAGAUGCAUUCCUGUCUGUACAUCAGAUUUGCCAAAAUCAAGCACAAAUCCAACUCAAAGAUCUCCUUCAGUCUCAAUACCUGUCCAGCAGUAUCCAACCCCAGUCUGACCACAUUUCCUCUUGUUCAGUACAUUUCCAACACCAACAUGUACGUCAGCUUAAUCAAGACAGUAAAUAUAGGCAAACACAGAUCCAGUCCAAAAGGACAGGUUUUCAUGACCAAAGGAGAGGUUUAAUUCUGUCUGAAACAAGUUUCCCCGCAGAAGAUGUGAAGCAGAAGGGUGAUCUAGUUUUUAAGAAUAACAAGUCUGCACAUUGGUCUUUACGAGGCAAUACUGCAAGCCUGGUUGGUCAAUAUGAAGUUAUUCCUAUCUGCUCAAGCAGACCAAUGCCAAACCAAAGCAAAGAAAAAAAUGUGUUUUCUGCCCAAAUUCCUAGGAGAGAUUUUAUUCUUACUAAAAGUCCCAGUGGGUCUGAUUACUUCUCAUUUUGCAAAAAUCAUAAAUUCUCUCAUGUGAAGCAUCAAAAAUUACAGAGCACUGGCCCUGCCCAUUCCACUCCUCCUGUAUUUACACUGGAAAGUUUAGCUGCAGGUUCUUCUCACCAUCUGCCUUUGAAGACAACCCUCAAAAAGCCGUUUGUUUCCCGCUACAACUAUGAAGUCCUCAGUAACCGGUUAAUGACUGAAAGCAGGAGCUUGCAGACUGAAGUUAACACAGUGAUUUUGUCUGACAUCGCUCUACCUGCAGAUAAAACAAGAAAGCCUGAGCAGCAGAAGUUCCUAGAAAUGGCCUCGCAGGAGAAAAGAAGAAAAUCUGAUAUACCAGAAAAAGUUUUGCAAGAACAAAAGAAAGAAAAAGCAUAUAUUAUACAUUAUGUAAAGUUAACUGAACCCGAUAGAGAAGAAGGACCCUUUUCAGAUGCUAAUAAUGCCCCUGACAGCGGUAGUGUGGAGGGUGACUGGGAAACCAGAUUCCAUUUUAUGGCAAGCAAGAAAGAUGAAGAGGAAAAACUGAUGUUCAGAUCCCAAGUAAAAGUAUGGCAUUGCAUCUUGAACAGGAAGACUGCUCUCAGCCUUCAGGCCUAUUUUUUGUUUCACCUUCCAGACCUGACCCCAUUGAUGGAUAUUUUGGUCUGCCUUAACUUGUCAUUCAAUAAUUUACUCUUCUUUCCUAUGGAGGUGUUUCGUAUUAAAUCCUUACAAGUCCUUGUGCUCCGGAGCGACCCCAUCAGAAAAAUUCCAGAUGACAUUCACAGAUUGAAGUCACUGUAGAAAUUUACGAUUUCCUUCAAUUUGUUAUCAGAACUUCCAUCUGGCUUGUUUUUAUUAGAAGAUCUCUGGUACCUGGACAUUGCCCAUAAUUAUAUUAGCUAUAUUCCUAAUGACAUCAAGAACCUCAGAAAGCUUGAGUAUCUGAACACUGAAGGGAACCAGCUCUCUGCUUUGCCAUCCGGGAUUUUGAAUCUUCCACUAAAAUUCCUCAGAAUAGAAAAUAAUUUCUUACACCCUUUGUUACAGAAUGAAAAGAUUCAGAACCAACCUCAGAAGCUGAUUCAUCUGGCUGCCCUCUGCUUCUCCACAAAUAAUCUGAAGGAAGGAUACAACAUUACAGAAGGUAUUAAAAAGAUUUUGAAUGAAUUUAGUGUCUGUGACUGCUGCAGCGGACCUUGAUAUGGCAAAGGACUUCAGCUCAUCCAAAUGUACAGAAAUGUAUUUAAAUUUGGAAGGCUUCCUUUUUACUUCUAUGCCUGCUCACCAUCGUGCCAUAGAAACUUUGUGUCUCAGCCUGAAGCUUGACUCCAGUACUUCGUGAAAAGGUAUCUGGAUUGCAGAGCAACUGUGAAUGGGAUAAAAUGGUUCAGAAAUAUGA